UCACCUCCAGGUUUAUGGAGAAUAGCAGUCGUACCAAAGUCACUUCGUUUUAACAGGGCCCAGAGCCUUCCACGCUUAGCAGCAAGUGUAGAAAUGAGGGAGGACUGUCCCUUACGUCUCACCUCACUAGGAACAAAUUUAUUUCUCUCAAUGCACUGUUUGAGCUGUGUCUAAUUAUACUUAGAUUUCUUGAAAUCUCUUGGUAUUUUAAUCUUCUAACUCACAUAUUCUAAAGUGGAAGGGAUAAUUGGCCUCAUUCUCCCACUUGCCUUGGAGGCAGGGCAGGCCUUGCUUUUUCCCAAAAUGUGUUUGCCAUUCAACAACACUUAAAAAACAUUCUUAAGUACUUACUGUGUCUGUCAGCGAGCAUUGAAGAACUCACUAUAUGCCAUGGACUGUGCCAAGUACCAGAAAUGCCAAGGUCAGGCAGGAAACAGUCCAUGCUCCCAGAUGCCUCACAAUCAAAGAGAGGAGGAAUCCAGGUGAUAGAGAUGAGGAAGGAGAGUCAUUCAGGGAAGAUGCCCCUGUGCACAGACCAGCAAGGAGGCUGUUAUCACUGCAUCAUAAAGUCCAUGAGGAAGAAUAGAAUGUAAGAAAACUGGGGAGGUAGGAAGAGGCUAAGUUAUGAAGGAUUCCCUGCCCUCUGGGACCCUGUAUUACAUGUGUGGUUCAGAGAAGUUUUCUUCUCUCUACUUUUUAGGAAAGAGCACUGACACACAGAGGAAGCAGGAAUUCUAAAAUGUAGAGUUAAGAAGGGAAGGCAUUCUAGGCAGGGCUUCAGUUUGUAGAAACUUUGGUGAAGGAAAGGCCCACUUCUUGCUCAAAAACUGGCACAAAUCUAGCAAGUCAUUGUCCACUUGGUCCUCCACUCCCACACCCAUAUUGUCUAGCAUUACCUUUUUGCAUGUAAGAGGUACUUUACUUUUGCUCUAAUAGUAAAAUGCAGGAGUUUACAUGAAGCUGGAGAAAACUGACUAGUAUUAGUGGCUGAAACUGAGAAAUUAGCAGAUUAGGACUAAAACAUGACCUGGGAUUUUGGCUCUUGGGAUGGGGGGGAGGCAUUCAGCUUCUGCCUUUACCCACAAGCCUUUAGCAGGCAAUCUAGGCUUGGUGUCUCAUACAACUGCCCAUCUUAGUCAAUAGUACUCUUGCAAUACCUCCCGGAUUGUCCCGGACAUCAAGCAACUUGCCUUUAAAGCCAGUCGAUUUGUAUUCUCCAGAGUUCUCUCAUUUUCCCUUUUCCCCUCUAUGCCUCAGGAACAGCAAAGGCAGAUUGCAUCUUCAGGUAUCUAACCCCUCCUUUAACUGGGAAGGAAACUAGAAGCAGAGAAAGUUGAAGGAGCAUCCCCUAUGUGUCACCAAAUUAACAGAGCUAAGACUCCUCUUUAAGUCACAGUUUUAAACAGACUAAUAAAAAAAAUACAUGAAAAGCUUAUUUGUUCAUUUACUUAGAGAUUAUGCUCUAAAUUUACUCAUAGUCCCCCAAGAAAGUUGGAAUGAAAAUUUAUAGUUUAUUAAGGGUGGAUGGGAGUGUGCCCUGUUUCUAGCCAACAUCUAACACUUUUAACCAUUUAUUUUUUCUAAAAGCCAUUAAGAAUUAUAAACCAAUCACUAUCAUGUUCCUUACUUAAGAGGCAAUGUGCAUAACCUGAGAGUCCUCAAUGUGUGCGGAACUGUAAUUGGCAGAGGAGAGAUGAGUGGAGUUAAUUAUUAGCCCAACUAUAGCCAGAACCCAUUGGUCCUGCUAUACUCUAAGCAAAGCGUCUAGAUUCUGGAAGAAGCAGCAUGUCCCCUUCAUUCUUUGUGGUUAUGGUGGCGUUCCCGAGUCUGGUGCUGCUGGCCACAGGGCAGAAGACAGAGCCCUUCGGUGGCCUGGGUGACCAACCCCUUUUCCGUGGAGCCGAUCGCUAUGAUUUUGCCAUCAUGAUCCCAUCAGGAGGAACAGAAUGCUUCUGGCAGUUUUCCCACCAAAGUGGAUACUUUUACUUCAGUUAUGAGGUUCAGCGGGCAAUGGGAAUUUCACGUGAUCGUCAUAUUGUUGCCACUGCAUAUACUCCGAAAGGUUUCCUCAUUGAUAAAUCCCAGGAUGUCCGAGGCCAGAUCAACUUUUCUACUCAAGAGACAGGUUUUUACCAGCUUUGUCUGCUCAACGCACACCAUUUUGGCUCUGUCCAAGUGUAUCUCAAUUUCGGAGUAUUUUAUGAGGGGGUUGGCAUGGAGAAUAAUCAGAAGAAUGAAGAGAGACAAAAACUGAACGAUACUCUGGAGGCUAUUGAGGAGAGCACCAGAAAGGUCCAGAUAAAUAUUUUUCACAUGUGGAGAUACUACAAUUUUGCCCGCAUGAGGAAAGGGUCUGACUUUUUCCUUCUUCAAUCAAACUAUAACUAUGUAAACUGGUGGUCGACAGUGCAGAGUAUAGUUAUUGUUCUCUCUGGGAUCCUGCAACUGUAUUUCCUGAAGCGUCUCUUCAAUGCCCCCCAAAUGUCAGAUUCAAAGAAGCCAAGGUGCUAAGGGAAAGACUAGAAACUAAGUCCUGGCCCUGCCUUUUAUUUUCCCCCAAGGCUCAUCAAAUCAUUUUUUAAAAACCGUUAUUGGUUCCAAGGAAGAAGAGUGGAAAGGGCAAUGGGGGUUGAGUGAUUUGCACAGGGUCACCAGCUAGGAUGUGUCCAAGACCGGACUUGAACCCAAGAUCUCCUAUCUCCAGGCCACUCUAUCCACUGAGCCACUUAGCUGAUCCUCAUCAAAUUAGUUUUAUAGAAGUUACAGAAAUUAACUGCUCACACUAAAUUCUCUAAAAAUCAAUGUGUCAUCAUUCACAAAGGAUCAUCAAGAGCAAGCAGUAAAUAAAUGGUUUGGGGUGAGUCCAUGAUAAGUCUUUAAAAGGGUUGCUCUCAACAGUGCUGAUAGCUAUUCCUAUAAGUUUUAUUGAGUUUAUAAUCAAAGAAUUUUUAUCAAGAGUCUAAGGGGGGGAGGAAGAAGGGAGAGUUGAUAUAUGAUAGAAAAAUCUUACAUAGGAAAGAACUAAUAAUGUCCGAGAAAACAAAAAUGGCCAAUAUCAAGUAAAGAU